GCGGGUGAGGCGGCGCCGACGAGCGGUUACACCCGUUUUACUUAGGCUACAAGACAAAGAUUUCUUGAAAAUUGAGAUCUUCAGUUUUCUGGACAAGAUGCCCUUGCUAAGCUCCAGCAAGUUGAGUGUGGAGAGCAGAAAAGAAGAUGGUGAAGGCACAGCACCUGCCCCUCCACAGAAGAAGCUGUCAUGUCAGUGCCAUCACCAUUGUCCUGAGGACUCAGUCAACAGCACCUGCAGCACUGAUGGCUACUGCUUCACCAUAAUAGAAGAAGAUGAUUCUGGUGGACAUUUGGUCACCAAAGGAUGUCUAGGAUUAGAAGGCUCGGACUUCCAGUGUCGGGACACUCCUAUUCCACACCAAAGAAGAUCUAUUGAAUGUUGCACAGGCCAAGAUUACUGUAACAAAUAUCUUCACCCGACACUGCCUCCACUGAAAAAUCGAGAUUUUGCUGAAGGAAACAUUCACCAUAAGGCCCUGCUGAUCUCAGUGACUGUCUGUAGUAUACUUCUGGUGCUUAUCAUCAUAUUCUGCUACUUCAGGUAUAAGCGGCAAGAGGCCAGGCCCCGCUACAGCAUUGGACUGGAGCAGGAUGAGACCUACAUUCCCCCUGGAGAGUCCCUGAAGGAUCUGAUUGAGCAGUCCCAGAGCUCCGGUAGCGGCUCCGGGCUCCCUCUCCUGGUUCAGAGGACCAUAGCAAAACAGAUUCAGAUGGUAAAACAGAUUGGAAAAGGUCGCUAUGGGGAAGUCUGGAUGGGAAAGUGGCGUGGCGAAAAGGUAGCUGUCAAAGUGUUUUUUACCACAGAAGAGGCCAGCUGGUUCAGAGAAACAGAAAUCUACCAAACUGUCCUGAUGAGGCAUGAAAAUAUUCUCGGAUUCAUUGCAGCAGACAUUAAAGGCACAGGUUCUUGGACCCAACUGUAUCUGAUCACUGACUAUCAUGAGAAUGGCUCCCUUUAUGAUUAUCUAAAAUCAACCACCCUGGACACAAAAGGCAUGCUAAAACUGGCUUACUCCUCUGUUAGUGGCUUGUGCCACCUACAUACGGAGAUCUUCAGUACCCAAGGCAAACCAGCUAUUGCCCACCGUGAUCUAAAAAGUAAGAACAUCCUGGUGAAAAAGAAUGGAACCUGCUGUAUAGCAGAUUUGGGCUUGGCUGUUAAAUUUAUUAGUGAUACAAAUGAGGUAGACAUCCCUCCAAACACCCGCGUGGGAACAAAACGCUAUAUGCCUCCUGAGGUGCUGGAUGAAAGCUUGAACAGAAAUCACUUUCAGUCGUAUAUCAUGGCUGAUAUGUACAGCUUUGGACUCAUCCUUUGGGAGAUAGCCAGGAGAUGUGUGUCAGGAGGAAUAGUGGAAGAAUACCAGCUCCCAUAUCACGACCUUGUGCCCAGUGACCCCUCCUAUGAGGACAUGCGGGAGAUUGUGUGCAUCAAAAGACUGCGUCCUUCAUUCCCCAACAGAUGGAGCAGCGAUGAGUGCCUGCGGCAAAUGGGGAAGCUCAUGAUGGAAUGCUGGGCCCAUAACCCUGCGUCCCGACUCACAGCCCUACGAGUCAAGAAAACACUUGCCAAAAUGUCAGAGUCUCAGGACAUUAAGCUCUGAUGAAGCAAAAACAGCUCCUUCUCAUGAAGACCCUUGGAAACAGACUUUCUCUUGCAGGCAGAAGUCAUGGAGAGAUGCUGAUAAGUACCCUGAUUGCAGUCGAAUUUAAGAGCAACUGUUUGUUUGACAGCUUUGAGGAGAUAAUUCUUAGCAAAAUCAGCUGAAUUUUGGCAUGCAAGGCUGGGAGAGGCUUAUCUGCCCUUGUUUACACAGGGAUAUACAGUUUUAG